CAUGCAGUCAUGGCGGCGUUAACGAAAGUUAUACACGCUACUCGAAAAGCAAAUAAUAUAAUAAAAUUAUUAACAAAUUUUUCUAUAAAAUGUGAAGUAACAUCUUUUGCAGUUCCUACAUUUAAUUCAACGUCUUUAGCUCGACAUGCCUUUAUACACACAACGCCGGUACGGAAUGGUUUAAUGGAAUUUUUUGACGAUGAGAAAAAUUGGGGAAAACGAAUUAUAAAAGUCGGUCGUGAAUGGUACAAAGAUGAAUUGAGAAUUAAGAGUAACGAAGAUCUUCACAAAUUAUGGUAUGUUUUGCUAAAAGAACGAAAUAUGUUGUUAACAAUGGAAGCAAGCGCUAAGCGACGUUACGAGCUAUUUCCUAAUCCAGAGCGAAUAGAUAAAGUUGAAAUAAGUAUGGAAAAUUUAGAAGCCGUUGUUCGAGAAAGAAAUAAGGCAUAUCAUUUGCUCGAAACUGGCGAAACGGGAGAGCGACCGGCAAAAGUUGUUCGCAAUGCAAUUGGAUUGCCAUUUUGCUAUCGUUUACGUCAGCACGUGAUACCGAAAUUCGCCAAUAAAAAGUGGAAAGAAACACAUGUACAUAGAUUUGGAGGUCAAGCAGUGAGAAAGUUCUUAAGACUGUAUAGAGAGAAGUAUCACAAUAUUAGGCGAAAAGAAAAGAACCGACAAGCUAAUGAAGUCUUGAAGCUUAUGAGGAAUUUCCCUGAUCUUGACGAGGAAGCAUUAAAAGAAAAGUUUCCGGAUGUCGACCUAGAGAAAGUGAAGAGAAACAGAAAGUGUCGAGGACAUUUUGUAGCGUCAGAAUGAUUUAUUGUUACGUUAUUUACUUGUGAGAACAGUGCUUAAAUUUUAAUUGUAAAUUGAAGAUCCAUUUUCAUAAAAAAGUGGUAUGAUAAGAAAAAGUCUUUAAUAAAAUAUUAUUAUCAAUAUAA